AUGGCUACGGGAUGCUCACCACGCUCGAGACAUUGGAGUUAUCUACUGAUACGAAUCCUAGUGGGGAGCUUUGCAGAUACCGAACUAGCAACCCACGAGCAAGAGGUGGAGGACAAUGUCAAGCCAAGUGGUACUUCAUGUUUGGUUGGGAUGCGACUCCAAUUUUAG